AUGCGUCCUCGAACCCUUUUCACCCCUUUGGUGGCACUUGCCGGCCUACCCCUUACCACGCAAGGAUUCGAAUUCAGAUUCUAUAGGGGCAACGACUGCCGAAGCGAGCAACUGGGCUUAUACGUAGCCGGGCCCGGGCAGGACUGCACUACCAUGUCGGCCGGCGCGGCUAAAUCAGUCAUCGUCAAGAGUACAGGGGAGAUUGAUAGCAACUUCUAUGCCGUGUUUUUCAGUUCGGAGGAUUGUGACCCAAACACCAUCGUAUUGCACACGGACAACGAUGAGUGCCACAACGUGGAAUACAAGUCCUUUAAGGUGUGGGAUGUGGAUGAAGAAUAA